AUGCGCUUCUUCCUGCGCGCAGGACUCCUUCUCCUUUUUACGCACGGCCUCGCCGGAGCCGCGCGCCCUGACAAAUGCGCCUCCAGGUGUGACGUGAGCUCGUGUCCGAGCCCCAGCUGUCCCGGCAGCGGGUACGUCCCGGACAGAUGCAACUGCUGCCUGGUGUGCGCGCCGCGCGAGGGCGACCCGUGCGGGCGCAGGAACGACCUGCCGUGCGGGGACGGCCUGGAGUGCAAGCCGCUCUCCGCGGGGAGGCGGCGAGGCUCCAAGGGGGUGUGCAGGUGCAAGCUGGAGCACGAAGUGUGCGGGAGCGACGGGAAGACGUACGGAAAUGUGUGCAAGAUGAAGGCAGCGAGCCGGAAGGCUGCGAGCAAGGGGAGAGCUGCUGUGAUCCACGCGCACAGAGGCGCGUGUCAGUCCCUGGUUCGUCUCAGCAGCCCUCGCUACAAGUUCAACUUCAUCGCUGACGUAGUGGAGAAGAUUGUGCCUGCUGUCGUCCACAUCGAGCUGAUUGUGAGACAUCCCCUGUUUGGUCGCCACAUGCGUCUGUCCAGCGGUUCUGGUUUCAUUGUGACCCACUCGGGUGUGAUCGUGACCAACGCUCACGUGGUAACCACGGCGGCCACGCUGAGCGGCAGGCCGCAGCUGCGCGUUCAGCUGCACGAUGGCGAUGCGUACGAGGCGGUGGUCAGAGACGUGGACAGGAAG